CUAUUUUAAAAAGUACAAGUGCUGUAUUUUCUUUACAAGGAUGACGGAGAAAGAAUACAAGACAACAAAGAAAGCAGGAUUACAGGAUAUAGAAAAGAGUCAGUUCCAAUUACUUGAACAAGUAAAAGAUUUAAAGCAUCAAUUAAAGCAAAAGACCGAUGAAUGCAACGCGCUUCAAGACAAAUUGACUACAAAAACAACCGAACAUGAAGAAAAGCUGAAAAAGAUGCGAGAGAUAUUUGGACAGGCUACCAAAAGCAUAGAUAACUAUCGAGCAACGAUCGCCUCACAGAAAAAGGAAAUUGAAGAAUUAAAGUGUCAACUGGAAGAGUAUCAAGCUAAAGAAGAGAAAUAUAAUAUAGACUUGACGUCAAAUCAAUGUAACUCAUCUAUGAUAAUACAAGUUGUGUUCUAUUAACUAUUUAAAAUAGCAACCCUAGAAGUAUUGAAAAGAGAAAAGGAUUCAGCAGAGGAGAGGAUGGAGAGUUAUGUAAGGUUCUUGGGACAAUGUAUGUACAAUUACUCAUUUUAAAAU